UUCUCUUUUGUUUUUGGUAAAAGUGGGGCAUGCACUCACGUCUAGGGCUCUGCCCCGCCUGGGAACGGCACGCUCUCAGCAGAAGAGGAAACCCCAAGAGCGGGAAGCUGCGCUGAGCACCGGGGCUGUCGCCACGGCCGAGAGGGGCACCGAGGGGUGCGGGGGGAUCGGGCAGCCGGGAAGGGCAGCGGAGCCCCGGUCCGGGGUGGCACAGCCCCGGUGGGCGAUGCUGGGCUGGCUGCUGGCGGCGCUGGCGGCGCUGGUGCAGGGCGGCACCCUGGCAGCCCACGUCUCCUGCUGGAUGAAAUGCAGCACCCCCAAGCCUUUCCACUGCUCCUGGCCGCCCCUCGGCCCGGCCGGCAACACCUCCUACAUCCUGAACCUCUGUUUUGAGAAGCGUGGCCUGUGCAGACGGUUUGAGGCGGGCACGGCCACCAACUACAGCCCCUCACGUAGCCAAGUGUACAUCUUUGAUAACACCACGGCCUGGGUGGAGGCACACUGGGGGGACCAGGUCCACAGGACCCCCAACCACACCCUGCCCCUCAACGAGGCUGUCAAACUGGAUGCACCUCGCACUGGGAUGUCCUUCUCCGAGACCGGAGGCCAGCUGAGGGUGAGGGUGCCACAGCCACAGUGCAACAGCCUGAAGCAGCCACUGAAGCAGCCCCCACAGCACGAGGCUCGCUUCUGGAGGGCGGGAGACAGCAGCUGGACACAGGUGACAUGUGAGACAGUGAUGGUGACUGCUAAAGAAAACUCAGUGACCUGUGCCCUGGGGGUCAAUGGCACCUUCGUGGUCCAGCUCCGGCACAAGCCUCCCCACUGGAGCAGCUACUGGAGUGACUGGAGCAGCAACAUCUCUGAGGGAAUCCUGAGGAGGCCGGUGCUGAGCCAUCAGCUGGGCAAACUGGGGAGAGACGGGCAGCGGGUGCUGAGGCUGAGCUGGCAGCCAGUCCUCAUGGAGCGAAAGGAUGUCACCUACAGGCUGAACAUCAGCAUGCUGGCGUGUGGCUGUGCAGGGUCAGAUGAGGAGGACACGGUGGAGCUGGGCGGGGAGGUGACAGAGCACAACCUCACCCUCUCCGGGGCGGAGUACGAAAUCCUGCUGACCGCCGCCAAUGCCGCGGGGCAGGGGCCGGCGCAGCAGCUCCGUGUGCCGGCAGAGCAGCUCGCAGGUACCCGCUGAGCUCCCCCGGCAGCCCCCAGGGCGUUUUUUUUUUCCAGCUACCCCGAAUAUUCCCCAUUUCAUCCAGAUCUCAGCUUCAAGGAGAUCAGCGUGGCCGGCAGCACCGUGACUGCGCAGUGGGAAGCGCCGGUGCCCGGAGAUGCUUUCUGCUUCGAGCAGCAGACCCUGUCAGAGCCUCCGAAACAGGGAGUCUGCAUCCAGCAGGAAUUCCCUGCCAACAGCAUCCACGAGCAGAGAGGAGCGCUGGGAGCGCGGGGCUGUCACCUCCUCGCCGUGCACGGCCGGGACACGGAGCGGGGCUGGGCCACCUUCGCCCUGUGGCACCGCUACAGCAGCAACGAUUCGCUGGACGUGCCCUUCAACAUCAGCACCGGGGAUACCGAGGCUGUAGUCCGCUGGGAGCCGUCCCCACGGGCCGCCUGCCCCGGCGCGCUGGCCAAGUACCUCGUGUGCCACGUGGCCGAGGGGGACAACGUGACCUACAGUGAAGUGGAUGCCACGGCAUCAAACUACACACUUCAAAACCUCCAGCCUGGCACAGGCUACAGGGUGGGGGUUUGGGAGGUGACAGAGGACAGCGAGAGGACCUGCAGUGCUUGGUGGCCCUUCCAGACCAAGGCGCUGGGUCCCCAGGGAGCACCGUGGAGUGGCAACCUGAGCUACCUGGGCAUCUGGCUUGGUGUCCCCGCUGCAGCUGCCAUCUACCACCUGAGCAAAAGGAGGGCUCGCCGCCUCCUCUUCCCACCCCUUCCCAAGCCCGCGGGCACCAAAGCCAUCCAGUUCUCGGCCGGAGAGAUGAGCCAGGGCCAGCCACGGACAGGCCUCCUGGAGCCCUCGGAGAGGUUCAACCCAGCCGAGCUGCUGCUGAAGGAGCCGAAUGCCAGAGAGGAGACGACUGACACGGGCACCCAGGGUGCGGUGCCACUCCCCGACGUGUCGCAGCCCGGCCCCGCGCUGGAAAAGCCGGCUACAGUGAUGAUGUCCCCGCUGAGCUGUGGGGAGGAGCUGCCCUUCGCCUACCGCAGGCAGGAGAUGCUGAGCCCGGUGGGAUCUCCACCCUCCGGCAGCACCAGCUGCACCGGGCACCCACCCGGAGAGGAGGAGGAGGAGGAGGAAGAGGAGGGAAGGCAGGGGCUGCAUCAGCCGCUGAUCCCCAUUGCCCUGCUCAUCUCCGACAAACCCAUCAUCAUCAGGGGUGAGGAAGGAUGGGAUCCCCCGCCGGAGAAGGUGCCGCAGCCAUCGGCAGGCUGGAGCGGCGGGGACGGGCACGGGGUGUCCCCUGCAGGGCGGAGUGUCUGUGUGGGACGCUGAGGGCCCAGUCCGGGGGUGGCACCGGCACUUCCAGGGGGGUUUCUGGUUUCCAGGGCACGAAGGUGAUGCCUCUGGAUGCAGCAUUGCACCAGGACAGGUUUUGCCGUGUAAUUUCCAGCCUCAACCUUUCACUGGUGAUAAAACCCGAGCGAAGGCGGCUGCAGAGUCUGGACAGGACCGAG